AUGAGCUUUGCCAUUGAAUCGCAGGGUGGGACCAACCCACUCAGCGCCCAGGGUGUGCUGAGUACGUUGAUACUUGCAGCAAGCUCAAGUCAGCAGCAGGUUCAAGCAGGUACCGAGCAGCUCCAGAACUGGGAGAAGCAGGGAAUGUACCACUCUUUUCUACAGGAUGUCUUCCUCGAUCACUCCGUUCCAAUCGAAGUCCGCUAUCUUGCAAUCAUUCAGCUGAAGAAUGGUAUUGAUAAAUACUGGCGCAAAACGGCAGCGAAUGCAAUCAAACAGGAAGAAAAACAACACAUCAAGACCAGGGCUCUUGAGGCAGGAAUUGUUGAGCCUGCUCCCCUUCUCGCUCUUCACAAUUCGCUAAUGAUUGCUAAAAUCAUGCGCUUUGAGUUCCCUCAGGACUGGCCCGAUGCCAUUUCGUCCAUCACAUCCUCCCUGCGAUCCUCGACCCAAUCAGGGGCGAACCCUCUGCAACUUCCUCGGACCCUCCUCAUUCUAUUGCAGAUCAUCAAGGAGCUGUCCACAGCACGAAUCCAACGAACAAGACACAACCUCCAGUCUGUGUCGCCCGAGAUAUUCCAGUUGUUAGGUGGCAUAUAUGUGGACAAGAUCAACCAGUGGGCUUCAGUGUUGGACCAGGGUAGUGCCGGCGGAGAGGAAUUGCUACAGACGCUUGAGCUGAGCUUGGUAUCGCUCAAAGUUCUUCGGCGUUUGAUUAUUGCCGGCUUUGAGCAUCCAAGUCGCAGCACCGAAGUGCAGGGCUUCUGGGUGCUCACCCAUUCGCAUUUCAGCAAGUUUUUGUCCUUUGUGAACGGACCUACCAGCCUGCCUGAGCCAGUCCACAAGGCUAUCGAGAAGCACUUGCUGCAGAUGUCCAAAUUGCAUGUUGAAAUGGCCAAAACACACCCUGCAUCUUUCGCAUUGCUGCCCGAUAGUAUCCCGCUUGUCCAUUCGUAUUGGUCAUUAGUCGUCAAGCUUGGGGAAACGUAUGACAGCCUUGGUGCCGGUGGCGAGGAUGAGGAAAAGUCAUUGAUCGAAAAGACUGGCCUGAGAGCGUUGCUAUUGAUCCGGGCAUGCGCAAAGAUGGCAUUCAACCCUGCCCAGACAUUCAAAUAUCAGACCCCAGAAGACAAGGAAGAGCGGAAACAAUCUGUCGAGCUGAUCAAGUCCCAACUCUUCACGCAUGACUUUGUCGUCAAUGUGAUGGAGCUUCUUGUCACACAAUUCUUCCGCUUCCGCAAAAUCGAUUUCCAAGAAUGGGAAGAAGAGCCAGAAGACUGGGAAAAGCGGGAGGAAGAGAAUGCUGAUGCUUGGGAAUUCUCUAUUCGUUCCUGCUCAGAAAGACUCUUCCUUGAUCUGGUCAUCCAUUUCAAGGAUCUUCUUAUACCUCGUCUACUGACCGUAUUCUAUUCUUUCGCAAACACCGAUAACCACGAGGUUGCGUUGAAAGAUUCGUUGUAUUCCGCCAUCGGUCUAGCUGCGGCUAGCCUAGAACAGCAUCUAGAUUUCAAUUCUUUCUUGGAACAGACCAUGGUCCCCGAGGUGCAAUCCCAAGAGCAAGAAUACAGACUUUUAAGACGGCGGAUUGCGCUUGUGCUUGGCCAGUGGGUGCCGGUCAAACCGGGUGAGCUGAACAUGAACGCAGUCUACCAGAUCUUCCAACAUCUGCUCAACAAGAGCGAUCCGCUGAAUGAUCUGGUUGUUCGCAUCACUGCUGGACGCCAGCUUCGGAAUGUGCUUGAUCCGUAUCUGUUUGCGCCCGAGGUCUUCCUGCCGUUCGCACCUGGCAUUCUUGGAAGUCUGAUGUCUCUUGUUCAAGAGACUGAGAGCUCCGAUACUAAGAUGGGUCUAUUGGAGACAGUUCGUACCGUAGUGGUUAAGCUUGAGGACAAUAUUGCCCCCUUCUCUGAUCAAAUCAUAUCCCUGCUGCCUCCUCUGUGGGAAAGCUCGGGAGAGGAACACCUGAUGAAACAAGCCAUCCUUACAUUGCUAUCUUCGCUCAUUGUCUCGCUCAAGCAGGAGUCUGUGAGAUACCACUCUCUCAUCCUUCCGCUGAUUCAAAGCUCCGUGGAGCCCGGCUCGGAAACUAUCGUAUAUCUUCUGGACGAAGCUUUGGAUCUCUGGCAUGCAAUCAUUCAGGCUACACCGUCUCCUGCCUCGCCUGAUAUUAUCUCGCUUCUUCCCUCUCUCUUCCCCAUUUUGGAGGAUGCAACAGACAACACACCGCAGGCUCUUCACAUUCUCGAAUCAUACGCAUAUCUUGCCCCGCAGGACCUGCUCAGCGACCGUUUCAGAUUCCAGCUAUUGACGAUCCUCGAAACACUCCUCAAAUCUACAACUAAACAACGACUUGGCGUGAUCCCUCGCGUUGUCGAACUUAUCAUUCGUGGCGCUGAGACUGUCGACGGUGGCAGUGAAGCAACUUACCGCGUCGUGUCGCAAUCUCUUGUAGAAAGUUCAUUCCUUGAAUCACUGCUCGAGGGACUCUACUCGGCACAUGAGGCCAGUCAAACCUCCGGACCUAACAGAAAGACCUCACACGUGGUCGGUGUGGUUGAGACCGACUACUACUCCGUGCUAGCACGUUUAGCACUGGCAAAUCCCACCAUCUUCGCGUCAUCCGUCGCCGCCGCAACCCAUUCAUCCGAGGAACAGUCCCUCUCAUGGAUCGUAACGGAGUGGUUCUCGCACUAUGACAACAUUGGCAGCGUCAGCCAAAAGAAACUCCAUGCCCUCGCGCUGACACAGCUUCUCGCCCUCCCAGAUGCACCUCUCGAUCCCUCUCUCCCCCUCCCCCUCCCGCAUAUAUGCUUUCCCAUCUCCAAUCAUAUCUUUCCAUCGGACGGCGGAACUGAAGCCAACGCCGACUACCUUGUAUGCUGGAACGCACCUGCCGGGUCGGAAUUCGCCCAGCCGGAAUCCAACCAAGAAGUCGAAUCACCUGAGACUAUCCGCCGCAGCGAAUGGCAGUCUGGAGAUGUGGUCCACCGCUUCAUGAUCCGCGACUUUGUCCGCCACCGCUUGCAGGAAGUCAUCUCUGGCUGUGGUGGAGCUCAGCGAUUCCAGGAUGAGUGGCUGGUCAACAUUGAUGCAGAUGUGGUUGCCGCCUUUGGAGCUUUGGGAUUGCUCUGA